AUGUCGUUAAUCACCCUCCCAGCUGAACUCCGCCACAAAAUCCUAGCCUCUGUGAUUUGGGCACCAACACCAACACCGACAACAACAACAACAAUAACAACAACAACAACACCUCUCUAUAAUCUCCUCGACCUUUUUCACCAAGAUCCCCCUCGCAUCCGGCUCCGCGAUGACUGGGACAUUUGGGUACCAGCCACAUCACCUCAACCACCCGCUCUACCACUCCUCUUGACAUGCCGGAUCCUACGCGAUGACGUUCAGUAUCUACUACAUUCACAUUCACAUUCACAUUCAUCUACUGCUACUCACCCCUACAAAUAUGAGAUCGACAUCGUCUUCAUCCCCAAAUGCGGCCUCUUCCCAACCUGGGUGUGUUGUCCACUCCCCAGCCAGUUCCACCUCGACACUCUCCAGGCCUCGUUUCGCAUAAUGGACGUAGAGGACUUGAACAUGGACGACGAAAGACAGGGGGAGGAGGAGUUCUUACGCCGUUACCACGGUAUAUCAUCCGACUUUAAUGCUGCAUACGACAAGUACUACCCCAACCCCCCUCCGGGGUCAUGGAACUUUUACCGCCUGCUGGUAUCCUUUUUGGCCUUGGGACCUCGGGGUCUUUGCGAUCCCGCUUAUCAGAGAAAGAAUCGCGGCAGUCUCCUUCUUUCUUCUUCUUGCUCUCCUCGCAGAUACUACUCACUCCGACAUCUCAUUAUCAGCGUCAUAUCCAAAAAGGCAGAGACUCAAACAGAAAUGGAAACGGACGAAUCAGACGAAUCAGACGACGAUGAGGAAAAUGGUGGCAAUGCACAACAACGGUUCUUGAUCGCCCAUAACUGGGACCUACCAUACGGAGCCGAAGGAGAAGAGGAGUUAUUCCCCGGACCGCCUACCUCUAACGACGACGAUUUCGAUCAAUACAAAUGGACAGGCCCAACGGACCUCCAAACCGUACGAGGCAUGCACAUCCACGCGGGCCGGGACACCCUCGGCCACGCCGACCGCUACGGCCUGUACCUUUUCAACACACUCUGGGCUUUGCUAGACUUUGGCGGCUCCUGGCUGUCGCGAGGUUUCGGUUUGGUGCUGUAUGAGAGCAUCCUGGAUGAUAUUUGUUUUUAUGUCGAUGGGAAGUCGAGACCGAGGUUUGAAAUGGAUGAUUUGUUGUGUGCUUUUUUGCAACGGUCGUCCGAAAAUAAGAGGCCGUCCCGGUCCCGUACCUUGAAGACACCCGAGGCUGUAGAGGCCUUGGAGGAAUGGAAGGAGUGGGUGGUUAAGUGGAGGAUGUGGAGGAAGAAGAUGCUUCUUAGGGAGGCCGAGGGGGGUUGUUCUGGUAAUGGUAGUGGUUCUGGUUCUGGUAGUGGUUCUGGUUCUGGUAGUGGCGUGCAUGUGUUGGAUGAUGAUACAUGUAUGGAACCAGAACCAGAACCGGAACCAGAACCACAACGCCCGAGUUUGGAUCCCGAUGCUUUUGUGAGAUACUUGCCGGCCUCGCACUGGGAUUAUGAUCCUAAUGAGCCUGAGUACUCGGAUUCAGAUUCAGACUCGGAUUUGGUCGUGUCCGAAGAUGAUGAUGACGCGGCCGACGAACAAUGA